UGAGGCCGUUACAGUUGAUUAUCAUACCCUCCAGGAUCUUUCUGCUGUUUUUAGAGGGUAAAAAGUAAAGCCGUGGUUGUAUAGCCUCGGUGCAUGACCUGAGGCUGGUGUGGAUGUCUGCAGAUGGUAUGAAGCAUCACUAGAUGUGUCACUAGUACUCAAUAACUCAAAACGAUUACUUUAAAAUGAUCGGAUAUGCUGAUCGUAGCUGUUAAUUCUACAUUAACACUUUCACAUUUAGCACAGACCCAAGAGAAACUGUUAAAUCUGGAAAGGACUUCUUAUGACUGCUCAGUGAUGCAUGCAAUAUGACACCACAUAUUGCAGUUGUCACAGAGGAGAGCAUGGUCAUUUCCCGUGACAUUUCUGUUCCAAAACUCACAAGGGAAUGUGUCUGCAGGUCCUGUGUCAACUUGGCCGCUCAGAAGAAGGAGAAUAGCAAGGUGACUAGCUAUAGCAGAGUGAAGAUUCAACACUUUUGUUGAAUUCAUGUGCUUCUGUUUUGUCAGAAGAAGCAACGAUGUGCCUGAUUUCCAUGUCAAUGACAUAUCUACGCGAGGACACAGAGAAAUGGCAAAGCAAGUUUUGUGGUGAAAAAUAUCUUUAAAUAGCAGAUUUGCAGUGGAAUUUAGCAGAGAAUUUUGAAAGUGCACACAUCACCAACUGACACAGACACACCAACUCUUUAGGAAACUUGUUUUGGAAAGUAUGUUAAAGUAUGUGUAGAGGAGAGUCACCACCUUUGCAUGUUAAGAACCACUGCACUAUUCGAAUAAGAGUAGGGGGGAACCCCGGUGUAGUGGUCCACCAGCAUUCCCCAAAUCAGUUAUAUCGGGAGGAGAGAUCUCAGUGCGGGUCACAGUUCUGUGUGCGCGCCCUUCUCGGCGACCCAGAUUGGCUGGCUCCUCCAAAAAUGCGCCUUUGAAUGCUGUGCAUCAUCAUCAUCAUCAUCACCUCCCGCUGACCCACACCUCUCUGUAAUCCAUGCAUUAGAACAGACUGGUCAUCCAAUUCAUCAUUUUCCUUCAUCCACCGUCUAUCUCCCCCGUCAGCGCCAAAUUUUCAACACCGUUCUCUCAUGCCCUACAAAACUCAUUUGCCUUAUUCUUAUAUCUAUAAUGAGCUUUCUAUCAGGGUAGCCAUACUAAAUCCACGGUAAAAGUAUUUAGUAAAGAAGUAUUGUAUUAAGCGCUGACUUAAUGCUGCAUAAUUAUUAUUGAUUCAUUUUAUCACGUUUUAUUUCUUGCAGGUCUAAUACGACAUAUCUACAAAGAUGGCACCUUCCUGCGCCCAAGCCAAUGCCAAUCUACAAAAGCUGUGGGAGGGAAAGUAAUGCAUCCAUUGGAACAAGCGGAAUUCAAAUGGAUUUUCCUUUAUCAUGUUGCGCGGUUCAGAACAUCGCUUUCAUAAAGACAUUGAAGACGGGCUCAACAACCAUAAUGUCAAUAAUCAAUAGAUAUGGAUUCUUUCAUAAUUUAUCUUUCAUUUUGAACCGGCAGUCGUCAACAAAUGGCCAUUUCUACCACCUCCCGUUCACGGAGAAAACGGCGGAAACACAUUUCUUGCCCCCUAUCCACGUGGCUGAGAAUGAUUAUCCAAAUUAUAAAAACUACAAUAUGAUGGCGGUCCAUGUUCGUUAUCAGCGGCCUGUAAUGGAGAGGUUCUUUGCACAGGGUACAAAAUACAUGACAAUAAUUCGUGAUCCUGGUGUGCAGUGGGAAAGUGCUUUUAAUCAUUUCCAAUUCCAUGAUGCAAUUCUAGUUAACAUAACCGUCAAGUCAAAUUCAAGUGCAAUGAACAAUGAAACGAGUACCUUGGGUAACUCCACGUUUCUUAGCCGAAAUCCCCAAUUCAAAGGAUGUCGAGAAGAGCUUUUGAAGACAUCGCAAAAAGGCUCGUCCGUAAACCAGACCAAUUGUACGAUUUUGGAGCUUAUAGAAGAGUUUUUGUCGCGACCGAAAUUCUACCAGGAUCGUUUGCGUUUCUUGCCUUGGGAAGAUGUAAUGGGAAAGAGAUGGGCAUACUCAAGGAACAACCAGAUUUACGAUCUUGGGUUGGACCCUCAGUACCACGAAAAUACGACCGCAGUGAAAGAAUGGAUCCAAAAACUUCAGGACGAGUUAAGCCUGGUCCUUAUCAAUGAAUACUUCGACGAAUCGCUUUUGAUCAUGCGCAAGCGCUUCUGUUGGAGCUUCCAAGACAUUGCUUACAUCGCCAAGAAUAUCCGGAUCAAGGAUACGCGUCCAAGCAUGAGAGAUUCUCUAAGAGAUAGAAUACGCGAGUGGAAUGCCGCGGACACGCUCUUGUAUCAAUCGUUUAACCGCACGCUUUGGUACCGUAUUGACAACUACGGACCAGGCUUUGAAACCGAUCUUGUUUACUUUAGGAAUCUUCUGGAAUCGUUAUUGCAGAACUGCACACAGGAAACAGAAGCAAAAAAGUGGGACAAGGACCAUCUCUUUGGCCACCAAGAGCGCGUGCCGCGCAAGAAUGCUUCGUUGUUCUGCCGAACGCUUGCUGAAUCUAAACGUGAAUUACAUACGAGAGUUUAUUGUAGGCAAGACGUCGAUAGAAGUACGGCAGCAUGUAAAAUACGUAAGAAGCAAGUGAAAGUUGGCAAAGCCAAAGCAAUUCGCACGAAUCUUUCAACGAAGAACAAGAAGGGUAGAAGGAGGAUUUCCGUCAUUUCCAAAAAAACAAUUCAAACAAGUCACUGAAAUGGGAAGGAAUUGUCCAGAAUAGACCUAUCAUCAAACUCAGUUUCUCAGUCUAAAGAACAAGAGGGGCAAUAAAAUGUAUCAUCGUCUAGAAGGAGGGUUUCCGUCAUUUCUAGUAAGCAAUUCAAACAAGUCACUAAAAAGGGAAGGAAUUGUCCAUAAUAGACAUAUCAUCAAAACUUAGUUUCUCAGUCUAAAAAACAAAAGGGGCAAUAAGAUGAAUCAGCGUGAUCAUAUACUUUGGCAAAUUAGCCACGUCUGAUCUUUCAUAUAUAUAUAUAUACCUGACGGUGUUCAUAUUUCAUAUGUCAAGGAACAACUUUCAUCCUGGUGUCCAAUGUCUCGUGGUCACAUUGACAGUAUGAGGGCGCUUUUUUCUAGAUGGCUUCAGAAUCCAUCAAUGUAUAAUGAUUAAUUACAGCAUUCCUACCAUUUAAUCACAUUAAAAGAUCGGGUUCAUUAGUAGGCUUCAAAGGAAAUAUAUAUCAACAAAACAGAAAUAUCAAAGAUUUGAUCAAAGCUACAGUUUAUCGAGAUGGCGUCAGCAUAAUUGCCAGCUCUAUCACUCUUAAUUGGCGGUAGUCUACCGCUUUUCAAGCAUUUUCACCACCUUUCGUAUAUUCACUCUCCUUCCAUUAUAAUCUGCUUUUUGAGAUAAUAAUGUAUUUUCACAAUUUUUUUGUCAGAAUACAUGAUUCAUUGUACAAAAGGUUUUCAAAACUCUUCCCAAAAAAAAUUGGAUCGUAAUAUAUGGUAGGUGUUUUUAUCUUUGUGCUGUGUUUAACACCGCAAUGGGGUGUGGUUAGCAGGUGCUCGGCAGCUAAUUAUAGUCUAUAGAGCGUUACAAAAUAGAGAGAAGUUCAGAGCAAGCUAAAACUUUUCACUUGUAAGGUUGUGUAUGCGCAAUACAUUGAUUCGUGAACAACUUACGAAUGAUGGUGGGUAUAUCGACAUCUUAAAAAAAAAACGAUAUCAGUAUAAUACCAUCUGUUUGUUUCCCACUGCUCAUUAUUUUGGGGGAAGAGUUUGAAAAGACUUCGCCAUGAAAACUACAUGUAGAAGGUUCCUUUGCAUUUUGCAGGACACAUUCUUCUGAAUUCAAAGGUUAGUCAUGGUGGAAUAAAAUAAAGGAUGUCAGAAAGCAGACAAACGUGGAGAGUUAAGCCAAAGUCCUAAGCUAUCCCCAAAAUCGGGGAAAAUUGUUUACCAUGCACAAGAAAUAAAGAUGUUCUAGCUCGGGGGGGGGGGGGCAGUCAAAUGUAUUGCUGUACACAUGCGUAACCAAAUUAUUUCCAAACAUCCCCUUAACGAGUUUUUUCUCUGUGUGCAAAAAAAAACCUGAACACCAUGAAUUACUUUAACCUCGAUUUCACCAUGAACCCAGCCAGUCUAGUGGUUAGAGCAUGAAUCCCCGCUCUGCCAUUGUCUCAACUUUGAAAAAAAAAGACCCGAGAGUAAUAUCUGUCGUCUGUAAAGUCAGCCACUAUCUAAACCAGGGACUCGGUCCCUGCUUAAAGGGAUGGUCCGGGCUGAAAAUAUUCAUAUCUUAAUAAAAAUAGAGAAAUCCACAGAGCAAAAUGCUGAAAAUUUCAUCAAAAUCGGAUACAAAAUAAUAACAAUGUUUUUGAAUUUUCAAGUUUAGCAAUAUUUUGUGAAACUAGUUAUAUGCACGUUAUCAUGAUUAGGUGGGCUAAUGAUGUCAAGUACAUACCCACUUUCCUUUUUCUUAUGCUAUUACAUAAAAUCAUAAUUGUUUCGUUUUUUCAUACGUGUGUGAACGAUGUCUCCUUUAUAGUUAAAUAAGUUGCAGCAAUGAAGAUCUAAUGCAUUAAAUCAGUUGUCAAUCCAUUUUUUUUUCAGUUCAUGUUGGAACAAAUUUGAAUAAACCAAAUUUCAUAUAAUGAAAAAAAGAACACGUGGGGAUAUGACAUCAUUAAUUUACUCGUUGAAUAUUCAUGAAGACAUGUCUAGAACUGUUUCACCGGAAUAAUCAUUAUUUGCAUGAUGCAAAUCUUAAAAAUGCCAUAGCUUUGUUAUUCCUUGUCCGAUUUUGAUCAAGUUUUUAGUGCUUUGUUUGUCUGAUUUUUCUUUAAAUCAUAUUAUUUUCAGCCCGGACAAUCCCUUUAAACAUAAAAUGUUGUUUCCUAUUUUAUUGGUUAUGUGCCAACUAGGGAUUUACCGGCAAAAAAAAACUGUCCUGCUGAGUUCCUAUAAGAGAGUUACCAUAAACAGAAACAGAUAUGAUGUUUGGAUGAGACUGCUGAACUGUUUAUGGUGGGAGGGGGAACCCGGGAGAGGGGGCAGUCAAAUGUAUUGCUGUACACAUGCGUAACCAAAUUAUUUCCAAACAUCCCCUUAACGAGUUUUUUCUCUGUGUGCAAAAAAAAAACCUGAACACCAUGAAUUACUUUAACCUCGAUUUCACCAUGAACCCAGCCAGUCUAGUGGUUAGAGCAUGAAUCCCCGCUCUGCCAUUGUCUCAACUUUGAAAAAAAAAGACCCGAGAGUAAUAUCUGUCGUCUGUAAAGUCAGCCACUAUCUAAACCAGGGACUCGGUCCCUGCUUAAAGGGAUGGUCCGGGCUGAAAAUAUUCAUAUCUUAAUAAAAAUAGAGAAAUCCACAGAGCAAAAUGCUGAAAAUUUCAUCAAAAUCGGAUACAAAAUAAUAACAAUGUUUUUGAAUUUUCAAGUUUAGCAAUAUUUUGUGAAACUAGUUAUAUGCACGUUAUCAUGAUUAGGUGGGCUAAUGAUGUCAAGUACAUACCCACUUUCCUUUUUCUUAUGCUAUUACAUAAAAUCAUAAUUGUUUCGUUUUUUCAUACGUGUGUGAACGAUGUCUCCUUUAUAGUUAAAUAAGUUGCAGCAAUGAAGAUCUAAUGCAUUAAAUCAGUUGUCAAUCCAUUUUUUUUUUCAGUUCAUGUUGGAACAAAUUUGAAUAAACCAAAUUUCAUAUAAUGAAAAAAAGAACACGUGGGGAUAUGACAUCAUUAAUUUACUCGUUGAAUAUUCAUGAAGACAUGUCUAGAACUGUUUCACCGGAAUAAUCAUUAUUUGCAUGAUGCAAAUCUUAAAAAUGCCAUAGCUUUGUUAUUCCUUGUCCGAUUUUGAUCAAGUUUUUAGUGCUUUGUUUGUCUGAUUUUUCUUUAAAUCAUAUUAUUUUCAGCCCGGACAAUCCCUUUAAACAUAAAAUGUUGUUUCCUAUUUUAUUGGUUAUGUGCCAACUAGGGAUUUACCGGCAAAAAAAAACUGUCCUGCUGAGUUCCUAUAAGAGAGUUACCAUAAACAGAAACAGAUAUGAUGUUUGGAUGAGACUGCUGAACUGUUUAUGGUGGGAGGGGGAACCCGGGAGAGGGGGCAGUCAAAUGUAUUGCUGUACACAUGCUUGACCAAAUUAUUUCGCGGGCUCUAAAAAUUUUACACACUUUGGCCACUAAACAACUGAGUUUUGUAUACAAUCGGGAAAAACCCGAACACUUUUCAGAAACGAGGAGGAAAAAGCCCCGGGGGAAAAACAUACCCUUAACAGGUUUGGCUAGUCUUAACAAAAAGCUUUGGAAAAAAUACCCUAAAUAAGGUUGACCCCGCGAUUGACCAUAGUCCAGUCUUUCAAAACCACCCUUUUCUUGAAAAUCGGUGUUUUUGAUACCCUUAACGAGUGCACGCGCGGCCCGCGUCCAAAAAAAAAAAAAAAAAAACCCUUUAAACGCGUUUUUGGGGUCACGCAUGUGUACAGCAAUAUAUUUGACAUCCCCCCUCCCCGGUGUGAUCAGUGCACAAUUACACACUGAUCUCAACUUCUACUAAUCGCAAUAUUGCAAAUGUGCCUACAGUGUGGUGAUACAUGACCGUGCCUUCAACAUUUUCAUUGCAUUAUAAACAAGGCAAUGUUUCUCACUACGGCUUUACUGUGGAUAUUGCUUUUAAGGGAACAUUCGAGUAUUCAAGAUUAUUAUUUUCUUCCGUGUUAAAUCAUGAAAAAAAUCCUUUUGUAUUCACUGAGAGAAAUCGCCAUCGGGUUCAAAAGGGAAAUCGAUAAUAAAACUUGACAUGGGUUGAUACUCAUUUUAGUAGCCAGUAAUUUUUCGUAUCGCGAGAACCAUAUGCAUGUAAAAAAGGUGAUAUCUUCUUCAAAAUUAUAAAAAUGAUUGUUUACAUUUUGACAACUAUUAGUAUGAUCACGUAAGCAAAUAUGCCUCACCAGUAACAUGUAGUAUUUCUUAUAAAUUUAUUUCAAUAAACAUAUUUCUACAGGAAAUAAUAAAACAAUCGUAUCAGCAAAGCUGUUUUACUUUGAUAUCCUGUUAAUAUCUAUAUACAAAAAUACAAACUGCCUGCCAGAAUUGUUCAUUAGGGGGUAGACUAUAAUGGUUCAUUGGUUAACACUUAACAAUUUGAGGUGUUUUAACAUUGAUUUGAAAAUGUAAAAUGUCUACCGCUUUUCGCAAUCUUAAAUGUUGGGAAGUAGCUUGCGUCCAAGAUGUCAAGCGUGCAAUUCGUUGUCCUGCACCGUCUGCACGUUAAAAUUUACUUUAAAUUCCUUUAUAAUGAGCAAGCGCAGAUAAGUAUUCCUUUAAAAAAGUUUCGGUAGAUCCCAAGCAGGGGCGGAUCCAGGAUUUUCCCCGAGAAAACUUUGACAAGAAAGCAAGCAAAAAAAAAAGGUCCUCAUUUGUGCUGUGACAAUUAAAUUCUAUUAAAAAAUGGUGAUAAUCAAACAUGUUAACAAUUGAAAAAAUGUGUGUUUUUUAUAUUCAUGUGUGGCUGUAUUUGCCCCGGCAUCUGCCUUAAAUGAUGGAGUUUUUGUAUGUUCCUGUAAAAAUAACUAUUUUAUGUGAAACGAUUUUAUUGAUUAUGUUUCUUUUGUAAAAAUAAAUUAGUAAAUAAAGUUUUUAAACACUUUAUUUUAUGUUUCUUUCCUGUUCAUUCACAUUUGCUCAAUGCUGUGGAACAGAUGGCCUCAAUCCAUCCUUGAAAUAACAGAAAUUCUAGACAACAUAAUUACACCGUCCGGUUUUCAUUCAAACUGAUGGAGAAAUAAUCGAAAUCGUCCGACAGAAAGAUUUUUUUUUUUUUAAAACAAAUUCUGAAAUAAUGCAGCUGGCUUUACGCCAUUUGUUCUCGUUUCUUUCUUUCUCUCCCUCUCUCUCUCUCUGUGUUUCUCUCGUUCCCUCUCUCCUCCUUCCAUCUCACCUUUACCUUCCCCUCUCUGACUCUCCCUAUUACCCAUUGUUUCUCCCUAUCAAUUUCCAUCUUCCUAUAUCUUCUCCUC